AACGUAAACAAAUGCACUGAUGAAUGCGUAAAAAUUAAAGCUCUCCCAAUGCCCAUUAGUCUGCGAUCGUCUAUCUCCCAGCCCGCGAAACGGAGAAACUGAACCCGCUGAGUUGACACGGUUCGCUGAACGCUGGUUCUGAGUUGCUGAAGGUCGAAACUCAAAUCGUCCCAUACAACACAAACCAUAGCAGAGCGAGAAUCGAUGCGGUUCCCGAGACUCUCUCCCUCCCGUUUCAUGUUCUAGACUAGGCAACAAGAACCCCACACUCCAUUUCGUCUUAAACCCUAAACCUUCAACUCUGCAUGUCCUAGGCACGUUACUUCCGCGCGCUACAUCUUCCAUGGGUUGUCCCAACUUUUCAAAUAUCGUGUUUUUUUCUUUGAUUUCUUGCUCAGGUUGAGUUUGAACAGCUGAAUCGUCGUAAAAGAUUGCAGCAUUUUGAUCAGAAGUGGUACCAAGUGCAGAAAUGUCUGAUAUAAGGAAGUGGUUUAUGAAACACAAUGACAAAGGCAAUGGCAAUGCAUCGAAGACUGAGAAGGUCAAUCAGGCGGCAGAGAAGCCUUCUCCGCCUAAAAUGCAACCGGAGAAUGCAGUGGAAGGAGGGCAAGAGGGUACAGGAAGACGGAAAACUAGCAAAUAUUUUGCUAAGAGCAAAGAAAAGCCAAAAGAUGAAAAGGAAAGUGAGCCUGCCUCAGCAAAAAGAAAGACUCAACUGGGCAGUGAGGGGUUACCGAGUGAUGUGAAAUCCCCACCUGCAAAAAAAAUUCAUAAAGCGGGUGUUGUUGAUGAUGAUGAUGAUGAUGAGGAUUUUGUCGUAUCCAGUUCUAGAAAGAACACACUUGAUGUCACUCCCAGCAAGAAACUGAAGACUGGUUCUGGUAGAGGGAUUGCCCGGAAGGUUGUAGAUAUUGAUGAAAACGAUGAAGACAGGAUUGGUGAUAAAUGUUCUGAAUCUCAGGCCAAGUCUGGUGGAAGGGGUCGUGGUGGAAGAGGUGCGGCAGCGGCACCAGUUGCUGGGAGAGGCAGGGGUGCUGGACGGGGUGGGUUCAUGAAUUUUGGUGAAAGGAAAGAUCCUCCACACAAAGGAGAAAAGGAAGUCCCGGAAGGUGCUCCUGAUUGUUUGGCUGGUUUGACUUUUGUAAUUAGUGGAACACUUGACAGUUUGGAAAGGGAAGAGGCAGAAGAUUUGAUCAAACGCCAUGGUGGCCGUGUUACUGGAUCUGUUAGCAAAAAAACGAAUUAUCUUUUAUGCGAUGAAGAUAUUGGUGGAAAGAAAUCUUCUAAAGCUAAAGAGCUGGGAACUGCCUUUCUUACUGAGGAUGGAUUAUUUGAUAUGAUCCGAGCAUCAAAGCAUGCAAAAUCACCAAAACAAGAAGAAUCAAAGAUGCGUGUUGACAAGGUUGUUGCAGCUUUGCCAAAGAAAAGUCCUAAAAAAGUAGAAGCUAGCAAAGAUCAAGUGUGCAACUCUCUGGCAAAAAGUGUAGCAUCCAGAGGUUUGACUCCAGGUUCCUCUCAUGCCAAGCAGAAAGGUCAAGCUAGUGAGCAUGCUUUUUUGACCUGGACUGAAAAGUAUAGGCCUAAGGUUCCAAGUGACAUUAUAGGGAAUCAGUCACUGAUGAAGCAGCUUCAUGAUUGGUUGGCACACUGGAAUGAUCAAUUUCUGCAUGCUGACAAGAAGGGGAAGGCAAAAAGGCAGAAUGAUGCUGGUGCUAAAAAAGCUGCACUAUUAAGUGGAACACCCGGAAUAGGGAAAACUACGUCAGCAAAGUUGGUCAGUCAGAUGCUUGGUUUCCAGGCAACUGAGGUAAAUGCCAGUGACAGCCGUGGCAAAGCUGAUGCAAAAAUACAGAGAGGACUUGAUGGAAAAUCCGCAAAUUCUAUAAAAGAACUUGUUAGUAAUGAAGCUUUGGGAAUCAACAUGGAUCGGUCAAAGCAUCCAAGGACUGUGUUGAUUAUGGAUGAGGUUGAUGGCAUGUCUGCUGGAGAUCGAGGUGGAGUUGCUGAUCUUAUUGCAAGCAUCAAGAUUUCAAAGAUUCCUAUUAUUUGUAUCUGCAAUGACCGUUACAGUCAGAAGCUGAAGAGUCUUGUGAACUACUGUCUACCUCUCAACUUCCGGAAACCAACAAAACAACAGAUGACCAAGAGAUUGCUGCAAAUUGCAAAUGCAGAAGGGCUCCAGGUUAAUGAGAUAGCCCUUGAGGAACUUGCUGAAAGAGUCAAUGGAGAUAUGCGCAUGGCACUAAAUCAGUUGCAGUAUAUGAGUCUCUCCAUGUCAGUCAUCAAAUAUGAUGACAUAAGACAGCGCCUUCUAAGCAGUGCAAAGGAUGAAGAUAUUUCACCAUUUACGGCUGUUGAUAAGCUGUUUGGUUUUAAUGGAGGGAAGUUGAGAAUGGAUGAAAGGGUUGACCUGAGCAUGAGUGAUCCUGAUCUUGUCCCUCUUCUUAUUCAGGAAAAUUAUAUUAAUUAUAGGCCAAGUUUGGCUGGUAAAGAUGACAAUGGGAUGAAAAGGAUGAGUUUGAUUGCCCGUGCUGCUGAGUCUAUUGGAGAUGGGGAUAUAAUAAAUGUACAGAUUCGAAGAUAUCGACAGUGGCAGCUCUCUCAGAAUGGUUCUGUUGCAUCUUGUAUAAUGCCAGCUGCUUUGUUGCACGGGCAAAGGGAAACACUUCAACAGGGAGAACGCAAUUUUAAUAGAUUUGGUGGGUGGCUGGGGAAGAACUCGACCAUGGGAAAGAAUUUGAGGGUUUUGAAGGAUUUCCAUGUUCAUUUUCUUGCUUCUCGUGAAUCUAAUUCGGGGAGGGAAGCCUUGCGAGUUGAUUACCUAACACUUCUUCUGAAACGGUUAACUGAUCCACUUCGGGUGCUGCCGAAGGAUGAAGCUGUUCAGAAAGUUGUGGAAUUCAUGGAUCUUUACUCUAUUAGUCAGGAGGAUUUCGAUACUAUGGUGGAGUUAUCAAAAUUUCAGGGGCACCCAAAUCCACUGGAUGGCAUACAACCAGCUGUCAAAGCAGCUCUAACAAAAGCAUACAAUCAAGGAAGCAGCUUGCGGGUGGUACGAGCUGCAGAUUUAAUCACACUUCCUGGAGUUAAGAAGGCCCCUAAGAAGCGAAUUGCAGCAAUUCUAGAACCAGCAGUCGAUGAAGUAGGAGAAGAAAAUGAUGAUAGAUUGGCUGAAAGUGAUGAAGAGAACUCUUCAGAAACCGAAGACUUGGAAGGUGCUGCCAAUGAUGAGGAUAAGCUGCAACAGGAUCUCCAAUCUCUUAAUUCUAAAGCAAUUCAAGUACAAGUGAACUUGAAAAGUGCAGGAAAUUCAAGUGCCAAGAAGACACCAGCAAGCAGUGGAAAAAGAGGUUCUGGAACCACAGAGAAGAAAGGGGCCAGGGGUUCGGGUCCCGCUACUAAGAGAAAGAGAUGAGAAGAGAGCGAUGAAAGCGAAAACUAAGGGUUUCAUAACAUUGACAUUGUCUAUAACCAAUGUAUGUGGGGUUUCACUUUUUGCAUUUUGUUCUUUGAGGUUAGAUUGGGUCUAUGGGUGGAUGUGCUAUGUCGGUUUUUCACCCUUUCUGGUUUGGGGCUUUGGGGGCAGUGUUUUGUUCUACGCUGUGUUGUAUUUUCUGCUUCCUCAUGCUUCAACAAGUUGCUUGCAAGCUUGAUCGAGAACCAAGGCUAUUGGUAUUUACUAUUAUUCCCCUUCCGUACAUAAAGUGAACUAUUACUACCAUAAA